UGCAUGAAUGCAUGUUAUGGUCCGCGUUGUCCCGGAGAGGUAUAUUGGAAGGCUGUGAAAAACGACAGAGAAAUAAAAGGGGGUUUAAAUGCUGUUUAGUAUCGCUCUUGCGAUUAUACUAUAUAUGGUUGACAUGGGAUUCGGAGAAUUUCUUUUACUUGAUCCAAACCAGCUUAGCACCGAUCUUUUGGUGAUAUAGCAUUUCUCAAACACUAAGCUGGGAAUGGAAUCAUGGGUUUACAAGGCUGUUACAGAGGGUACAGCUAUGGGUAGAUCCUAUGGGAAAUAUACCGACCCGAGAAAAACCUUGACACAACCUGUGAAGCCUAGCCUCAUCCGCGAUAUCUUUUUAGCUUCAUAUUCGAGGGCGACGGUCUUUGGUAGUCUACCAUGGGAGGAUUCACGUCAUGCCAUUCCCAUCCCCGAUUUACCCAACAAUAUACAAGACAACAUCGAGGACCCUGAGAGCGAUAUAGAGUCCGCUCCGGGUCACAGUUUCACUUCAACACCCCUUUCAUGUUCACCGUCGUCCUCUCUAGACAGGUUAGUCGAGGUAGACUGUCCUCCUACUGCUACCGAGUCUUUUUCCGAGAGGGUCAGUAAUACGCCAUACACCUCACAAAUGAGGAUGUACCGAUUUCUGCAGAAAGUGAAUUUCAUAAACUGGAAUCCCCUAAUCGACAGUUUGAAGCAGGGUGUUCCAGGUGAUCUACGACAUCAAAAUGACAGAUGUCAACUAAUCGACUACGGUGGUUCGAGUUCCGUUUGGGGUGCCGCAUUUAGUGUAAAAGGGGAUUUCCUAGUAGACGCCUUGGCUAUCAAACUGUUUCGGGCGGAUAGGCAGGAAGACUCUAGCGAGCUCCCAACGGAGUUGCAAAUCAUGAAGGGGUUAGAACACAACCACAUUGUCGCUUUCGUUGGCCAUUUCCAACGAUCGAAUCACUUUGGCGUCAUCAUAUACCCGCUUGCGAUCUGUAAUCUUGGUCAGCUCCUAAAGAGCGCAUCAGGAGCAGAGCCAAGACUGACGAUGGAACUCCAUCAGAUGCUAUUGACUGCUAUCGGCUGCCUUUCGUCCGCGGUUAUGUAUUUGCAUACCUCGAAAAUAGUCAAGCACAAAGAUAUCAAGCCGGAAAACAUACUGGUCGAUAAAUUUGGAUCUGUUCACUUGGCCGAUUUCGGUAUAUCGAAGCAAUAUGAGGACGAGACUGUCACAGGAGGCCACACACCAUUCACCGAGAGAUAUGCGCCUCCAGAAGUCGUGAGCCAAUGCGAUCGCGAUCUUUCUUCUGAUAUCUUCUCCUUGGGCUGUGUCUUCCUCGAAAUGGUCACUAUUAUCCUUGGGAAAAGCCUGAAGGUAAUGCAUGGGGCUAUUUUCGACCGACAGCCAAAAGGUUACUAUCAGUCCCUUUACAAGGUUAGAGGCUGGGUUGGCGAUCUCAAAGAAUCACUUCGCAGUGACACAAGUUUGGUACCAUUAUCGCACGGCUCUUCUGGCAUUGCUGAAGAUCAACACCUCUCUACCGAGCACUUGGAUCUCAUUCUUAGCAUGAUGGCCGAGAGCCCAAAGGAGCGGCCUGCUAUCGAUGAUGUCUAUGAACUAUUCAAACGUUUCACGUGGAACUGUCUUGAUUGCAGGAAUAGCCGUGACAUCGAUUUACCUGCCUCCCAGAAGUUAAAAGAUAAUAAGGGAGAGCUCCCGGCUAAUUACUACGUCGCUCUGCCGGCCCCCCUGAGAGACUUACCUUGCCCACAAUAUGGCCGUAAUGUUCAUACAACACGAGAUCCUCUAUCUCCCGGGGGCAGUGGUAAGAACUGCGCAGCGUCAAACCCAUCAAUUGGACCUGUAUUGAUGGAAGAUGCAUGUAGAAAACAGUCACAGGAAAACCUUGAGGAGAUAUACUGUCAAAUGAAGCGGGCUGUAGAGCAAGUGAUCCGGGAAUUUUCACCAUCCAUCCGAUCAUUCGGAUAUGAGCAAGACAGUAUUACUCUAGAGGGUGUUCAAUCUAAUACCGCCACCGCAAGGCUUCCUAAUUGUACACACAUCCAAGACCAGCAGUACGAAAUGCUUGAUAAAUUGAAGUUGCGGAUCACCGAAGUGGUUCGUGAAGUACUCACCAAGUAUCCAACUCCAAAUCCCCCUGUCGACCUAUCGAGAUUAAUUCAAUACUGCGGCCCAGACCAUUCUGCUUCACACAAUUGCCACCGAGGCUCCUCGUCACAGGGCCAGCCAGCUAAGAGAGGUCGAAACGGGCAUGGAAACCGCGUUAUACGUAAUGAGGAUGAUCACGACAGUGAAUUAGAGGAUGAGCCUGCCGAUGGUAAUGGGGGUAACGGCCAUGGGACACAGGCAGGGUCAUUGGAACAGCCUUUGAGCUUCGCCUGUCCAUUUUACCGACGGAACCCGGAACGGUUUGCAUCGACUGUUUCAUGCUGCUUCAGAAGCUAUAGGAAAAUUUCUAGACUGAAAGAGCACCUUGAACGCGUGCACAGAAUAUUUCGGUGCCCAAGAUGCCAGCAAAUUUGUGAAAAAGAAAAGGCAGUCGACGAACACCUACAACAGGACGAUAUCUGCACUAGACAGGACCCUGUUGUCUUUAACGAGUCGUACGAUUGGAGCCAAGGGUAUGGUCAAAAGCAGGCAAGUGACCUUAAGUCUCGAUGGAGAAACCUCUCAGAUCAUGAAAAAUGGAGAAAUAUUUACAGAAUUCUCUUCCCCUAUGAUAGGAAUAUUCCAUUCCCUUACGCUAUGCAAUCCGGAUCAUCGUAUUUACUAAGCGAACCUGACAGUACCCCGGAGCAAGCAACGUCUCCAAAUGACCCAAGCAGUCUGAUAUACAGAGCUAUCUGGGGUGGGUUCGUUGAAGGCGUCAACGUAGGGUUCAGCGGGGGAGCUGAGACCGGUGUCAAUAACAGUGACCUACCUUCGAAUGAGCCCCGAACAGGGCUUCCAGGAUACUAUUCCACGCUGCCAGAUUUACAAAUUUACACAGAUUUACCUAGCUCGAACAUGGAUAACCUAGCUCAACCAGACUAUUCGAUUUAUGGACACAGGGCUCCUUAUUUGCCUAAUUCAUACCCUACGGAGUUGUCGCCGCGAUCACUAGAGUCGUCAAACCUCACGAGCGACUCGACAUAUUACACAAACUUUGAUGUAUCUAAUGCAUCAUCGCAACAAGUAACAGCAUUCGAUACAACGAGAGGGCAGGCUGCGAAUGGCGAUGAACUCGAAUGCCUGACCUUUGACCCACUGGUUGGUUCCUGGGACAUUACCGGGAAUGGAUACCCGCGAGGAGAGGAAUACGCAGAAAAUAAUGGCAUGUUUGAUAUCCCUCAGAGUCAUUGAGGAUAGCAACUGGGGACGAGUAUAUUCUUCAGCAACGAUUAUCUUAAGGGUGUCUCCUUGGUUUAUUUUAUGAUAUAUUUUCUCACUUACCAUGUAAGUUAUCCACAAAUAUUGUAGAGUGAUAACUUAGGUACUUACUUGGAAGUGACAAAUGUUGGAAUUAGUAUCUUAUACGAGGUACUCUAGAGUAAUGUCGUAUUCCCCAUGGAGGCUACUCGGUUUGGUAGAUAUUGCACCGGUAUUUCCCUUUGGAACCAUUCGUCCAGCAUGUCCAAAUCAAAGACUAAAGAGAUCGAGGAGAUGAAAGUUGUCCGAAAUACGUAGACCGUACUUAAAGCCUUUAGGGGCUAGAAUGUUUAUUGUAGCACACUUGGCGUUGGAUGAAACUGGUAAUUCAUAAUGUAUCGACUACCUAUAUGUAUAUAUCAUAUAAAGAUGUACGACUAGGGAGUGGUGGGUGGUACAUAUGGUCGCCUACAUUAUAAAAAUCCCGAUUCGAUAGGGGUCUACAGUUGAUAGUGGCCAAAUCCAAAUUUCAACCC